AUGAUCGAGAAUCAUGUGGACGGGUACUUCCCGGAGCUUCUAGCCAAGGACCUUGAAAGGUCCGCAAUCAUCAUCGCAUCGCAAAACCUUCCGCUUGGCAAUCCCGAAACAAGGGCAUCUGAAGUAAAAGGUGCAACCUCAUCUCACGGCUGGCCCUCACGACAUCCCCAAACUCCACAACAUCAAUCUGCCUCCAGACCGGUGCGACAAUUGGGUUCAAUCCAAGAACGCCGCUCAGUUGUGUCCUUUGUCGACUACGGCGCUCAUACAGACUACUCUACAACAGACGAUGAUUCCUUUUACGCCAACGAGGGAUACAUAAGCACAGUCUGUCCAUCCUCCAUCGCACGCCACGAACUGAUGACCAGUACUGCAGCGACAUCCCUCGCCUCCAACAUAUCGGUCCCAUCGCUGAACAAGACUCUUUCAUACGAUUCGAAAUUGGAACACAGCUGGAUUGACCCCGAUUCGGAUGAGGAUGAGCCAGAUCAGAUGGUAGAGAAUCAUAUAGGCUCCCUCUCUCCACGACCCCCUACCCCACCCGUAUCGGAGCUGGGUACAAAGACGUCGGCGUCCUCUCCCACCUCGCCUUCUUUUUCACCCACAGACACUUCCUUUCGUGAUCGUCCUAGGGCCAUGAGCCUCCAGGAUAAUGAAAAAGUUGCUCGCGGGUCAUCAACUCGAUCUCGGAGAAGUGCAAGGCCGUCUGAUGAUUCAAACCCCUCUAUCCAGCCACCCUACAUUCACGAUGACAGCGACAGCGAUGAAGUUUCUAUUGCCCCGCGAAAGACAUCACAAAAUCCCGUCUUCAUUCGCCCAUCCCCACCCCCAUCCCCUUUGCCUACUGUGCAGUCGUGGCUGCAUGGAAACGCACUUUCAUAUGCUGCCCAGUGCCAGGGUGAGGAUCUAGCCAAAGCCAUUCCUCUCCCUCCGAACAUAGUAGAGACUUUGAGGGUUUCCAUUGCUUGCUUUCCCGAGACGAUGCUCCUAACCUCGAGCUUGACCAUCGAGACGAUUCGCGUCUACUCGAGGAAGGUCAGGCAACCAAGCAUUGAGCUCGUCAAUAAUCUGGCCCCUGACCCGCCAGUCGAGAAUCCGCGCAAGUCACUCUGGAAGAGAGUCGUAACUUAUAAAAGAGGCGCAUCAACUUCACCUCGUGACCGAACACGCUCCCCAAGCCCCACGGAGCAGAGCUUAAAGUCACCCAGUUCAAGCUCUCUACCCCCACCCUCACCCAAGACAUGGUUGCCUUUGAAGAGUGUGUUUGGAUGCUGCUCUGACUACAUUUGCGAGGCACUCUGGGCACACAUUGUGGCCUAUAACUAUAUCUCGGCUCUUAUCCCUCGCGCUCCUCACCAAGCCAAGUCUAAUCGACAUCGCUCGUCCACGUCAAAUGAUUCGCAGAAGGACGAGAUACCGAAGAAAGCAGCAUCUAUUCUUGGUCUUGCGGCCUCUCAGGGUGGUUCAAUUCCAAGCAUUGAAAGACCCACGCUCAACAAACUCCGCACCUCCUCGUCGUGGACUCUGAACAAGGAGGGAAUGGUGGCCGAGCAGUCAUCGCGAGCAGCAAGCAACGAGAACACCACGAGGGAAAUCCAAACCGGCCUCAUGCGGUGCAUCGUGAGGCUUAUUGCUACCGCUCAAUUGAUGUCUGAAGACAACAAGGCUGACGAGAAGAUUGUCGAAAUGGAGACACGUGGAGUGGACAUGCUCUUCACUCGAAGCUUGUGCGAGAUUGUGCGGAUGUCAGAGGAGUUUCACAACAACCAUGUCGGCAGCUGCUGA